AUGACCUUUCCUGCAGCCACUCCGAAGCCUUUCCAGGUAACCACGAGAGAAGAGAAUCUCCUUCCACAAGCCCGCGAGACCGGGCUAGUGGUGCCAGAUGGCCAGGAACCAGAUGCGGCCGCAGUGACGAGAGAAGUGCCCAAGGCCAAGCCAUGGGCGCAUUUUGUCGCAGGAGGCGUCGGUGGGAUGACAGCGGCAGCCCUGACUUCGCCUCUUGAUGUACUGAAGACACGAUUACAAUCCGAUUUUUAUCAAGCCCAAUUGCGGGCUCUUCAUGCUCAGCAUCCCCUUCCCCAGAAAACCACCCUUCUCUCAAUACCUCGGUCUGCCUACUUUCACCUGGCCGAAACUGUUCAAAUUCUUCGAUCGAUACACCAACAUGAAGGGUUUCGAGCCCUGUUCCGCGGCCUGGGCGCAAACUUGAUUGGCGUGGUUCCGGCCAGGAGUAUCAAUUUCUAUGUCUAUGGCAAUGGCAAGCGGAUCCUAAAUGAUUAUCUGAACCCGGAGGGAAAAGAGAACAUGUGGACAGUCCACCUGUUGGCGGCCGCAACAGCUGGGAUCGCAACGGGCACGGCGACGAAUCCGAUAUGGUUGGUGAAGACAAGGUUGCAGUUGGAUAAGAAUAAUGCGAGCCACGAUCCGCUGAGCCGGCGGCAGUAUCGAAAUAGUUGGGAUUGCAUCAAACAGACCGUUCGCCACGAGGGAAUCCGAGGCCUAUACCGAGGGCUGUCUGCUUCCUAUCUGGGAGUGACGGAAUCAACUCUGCAAUGGGUUUUAUACGAGCGGAUGAAGCUGUCGUUAGCACGAAGAGAAGCCAAGAGACUUGCGACUCCGGGUUACCAACCAACAUGGCUCGACAACACGGAAGAAUGGGCUGGCAAAUUUUCCGCCGCUGCCGGUGCCAAGGGAGUGGCAGCCGUCGCGACAUACCCUCAUGAAGUCGUACGGACAAGGCUACGACAGGCACCUACGACGAUAGCGGAAAAUGGAAAACCUACGUUGAAGUACACCGGACUUGUCCAGUGCUUCAAAUUGGUGGCGAAGGAAGAAGGCCUGGCAGGUCUGUAUGGCGGCAUGACGCCCCAUCUGCUCCGCGCUGUGCCCAGUGCGGCCAUCAUGUUUGGAACGUGA